CUACACAAUUAAAUAUUGUCCAACAGAAAAGCUCUUAUUCUAUUAAAAUGCAAAGAUGUUACCAUAAUAAUGUCAAUUUAGGCUGUUAAAUAAAGGAAAAGGCCAAUAGCAUUGUUAUUUUCAUAUUUCGAAUAUCAAAUCUUAUCAUGUGGACAUUGAACUAGAAAAAAAUAGAUUAAAUAAGUACCCCCAACAAACGGAGAUAAAAAUAAUAAUGCUGCAAAUAUUGACUGCAUUGAAGAAAAUUUGCAUUUGUGUUUUAUACGGCAAGCAAUUAACAUGGAAAAUAACGGAUCUUUAAAGGGGAAAACUUUAUUUAUUACCGGUGCCUCAAGGGGUAUUGGUAAAGCCAUAGCUUUAAAGGCAGCCAGAGAUGGUGCCAAUAUCGUUAUUGCCGCCAAGACAAGCGAUCCUCAUCCUAAAUUACCGGGCACAAUUUACACUGCUGCCGAAGAGAUUGAAAAGGCCGGUGGCAAAGCUUUACCUUGUAUUGUGGAUGUUCGAGAUGAGCAGCAGGUAAAGGCUGCUGUCAAAGCAGCCGUAGAUAAGUUCGGAGGCAUCGAUAUUUUGGUCAACAAUGCCAGUGCCAUAUCAAUAACAUCCACCAUGGCAACUGAAAUGAAACGUUUUGACCUCAUGCACAAUAUCAACACCAGAGGAACUUUCUUGGUUUCCAAGGAAUGCUUACCCUAUCUGCUGAAAAGCAAACAUGCCCAUAUCUUGAACAUAUCCCCACCAUUGAGUAUGAAACCGAUUUGGUUUGAAAAUCACGUUGCCUACACCAUGGCUAAAUACGGUAUGUCAAUGUGUGUUCUGGGUAUGGCUGCAGAGUUCAAAUAUCAAAAUGUUGCUGUGAAUGCCCUGUGGCCCCAGACGACAAUUCACACGGCUGCUAUUGAUAUGCUUAAUGGUCCGGAAAGUGCCAAGUUUUCUCGCAAGCCAGACAUUAUGGCUGAUGCUGCUUAUGCUAUUUUAUCCCAAGCUCCUCCCCAGGCACCAACCGGUCAAUUCUUUAUUGAUGAGAAAGUUUUACUAAAAGCUGGCGUUAAGGAUUUGAAAGCAUACGCUGUAGAUCCAGCCAAUGCUGAUAAUUUACAUUUGGACUUCUUUCUGGAAGAUAGUGAUGAAUAUAUACCUUUAAAAGCUAGGUUGUAAUAAUUAAACAUUUGUUUUGAAUGCAUCAAAUACUUUGUUUUCUAUUUAAAAUAUUAAGGGUUUUGCUAAUUUGGAGAAAGUAAAUAAAAUCCUGUAAUAAAUUAGGUGUACCAUUCUAAUCCGUUCUAUAGGAAAAAGCUGUUAAUAGAA